UGGUAUUGAUGUGCAUGUUCUCUUCCUCUGUAUGACCUAUCCUUUGCGAUGAAGUAUCGGACUGGUUUCUUUGUUGCCAUUAUUUCUUUUUUCUUUUAAACUUCUUAAACCAACAUAAAUACAAGCACAGCUAACGGAUUUGAUUAGGCAAGUCAACUACAAUAGGAGAUAUUAUGAGACAAGACGAUUUAAUGAUGAAUUUUGAGAGGCUAAGAAAGCAGGGGAGGGGAGAAAGAUGGAAGACAGGGAAACAAAGGCAAAAACAACCCAAGAAGCAAGCCAUCUUGGCAAUCUCUGAGCUUAAGGAUGCCAAAUUAUUGGAGGACUAUGUGACAGCUAGUUCCAUGGAUCCUGAUUUGUACAGAGCUACGAUACAAGGAGACAUUCUUGAAUUCAUAAAAGCCGUGGAACAAGGACCAGACAAUAGACACGCUGGUGUACCUGCUGCAUCUUGUAUCCAAGUGACCCCUCAGAAGAACACAGUUCUUCACCUAGCAACGAUCUUUGGACAUGACGAGAUUGUAAAACUCAUUUCUAAGGACUUGCCCUUUCUUGUCAUGGAAAGAAAUUGCAGAGGUGACACUGCACUUCACAUUGCAGCCAGAGCUGGCAAUUCACUGCUAGUGAAUUUGUUGAUUAAUUCAACAGAAGGGGUUUUGGGUGUGAAGAAUGAGACGGGUAAUACCGCAUUGCAUGAGGCAUUGCAACAUCGUCAUGAAGAGGUGGCCUGGAAUAUAAUUAACAAGGACAGAAAUAUGUAUUGUUCUGUCAAUAAGGAAGGAAAAUCUUUGUUGUAUUUGGCCGCAGAAGCAGGAUAUGCAAAUCUUGUUAGGUUUAUAAUGGAAAAUCCUGCAGGAAACUACAGCAUUGAAGGAAAGCUCGAGAACAAACCAUCUGUGAAAGCUGCCAUUCUUGGGAAGAAUACAGAUGUUCUCAAGAUAAUGUGGGAAAGAGAUCAAUCAUCCUUCAAUUUAAGAUGUGAAGAAGGGAGGAACCCUCUUCACUAUGCAGCAUCUAUUGGUUUUGUUGAAGGAAUCAAUUACUUUUUAGACAAAUACUGUAUCGCUGCUUACCAAGGGGACAAAGAUGGCCUCUCUCCUAUUCAUAUAGCAGCCAUCAAAGGUCAUUUCCACAUAAUUCAAGAGAUGCUCCAGCAUCGCCCAGAUUUGAUGGAGCUGCUCACUUGCAAAGGCCAGAAUACCCUUCAUGUCGCAUGGUACUUGACUUUCAAUUAUUUUAUGCUGAUGGUGGUAUGGUACUUGACUUUCAAUGAACAAUGGUUAACUUUUGGUGAGAUGUAUUUGCUGGUGAGAGGUUGGGACUCUCCGAUCAAUAAGGAACUCGGAGCAGAUUCGAACAAGGAAGAAGGCGGGGAAGGGCAGAUGGCACCACACAUGCCAUUCUCCGCAGAUGUGGACAUGGAUAGAGAUAGAAGUGCUCCUUACAGGUAUAAACACAUCGUCCCUGCAAUCUCCGCAGAUAGAAGUGCUCCUUCCACACAUGUGGGCAUGGCUAGAGAUAGAAGUGGUCCUUCCACACAUGUGGGCAUGGCUAGAGAUAGAAGUGCUCCUUCCACACAUGUGGGCAUGGCUAGAGAUAGAAAAAUCCUCUCCCAAGUUAGCCCCCGGAACAACACAUGCCUCCACAUAGCAGUAAGAUUUGGACACCAUGAGCUUGCCGAGUACAUCGUGAAAGAGUGUCCAGACCUUAUCAAAAAGACAAACUCCACAGGCGACACUGCACUUCAUAUUGCUGCUAGAAAAAAGGAUUUAUCUUUCGUUAAGUUUGCCAUGGAUUCAUGUCCUUCUGGAAGUGGCGCAUCCCGAGAUGUAGAGAAGGCUGAGCAUCCAUUGCUGAUCAUUGUUAACAAAGAAGGAAAUACAGUGUUGCAUGAGGCACUGAUAAACCGUUGCAAACAAGAAGAGGUGGUGGAGAUCCUUAUUAAGGCAGAUCCCCAAGUGGCUCAUUAUCCGAAUAAGGAGGGAAAGUCGCUAUUGUUUCUAGCUGCAGAAGCACACUACUUCCAUGUCGUCGAGGCUAUAGGAAAACCUAAAGUCGAGAAGCACAUGAACAUUAACAGAGACCGCGAAGCCAAGCCGGCAGUCCAUGGUGCCAUUCUGGGAAAGAAUAAAGAGAUGUUGGAAAAAAUACUAGCCCUGAAGAUCGUCCACCAAAGAGAUGAACAUGGAAGGACUCCACUUCAUUAUGCGGCAUCGAUUGGAUAUCUUGAAGGAGUUCAAACGCUGUUAGCUAAAGACCAAUCUAACUUCGAUCGAUAUCAUAGGGACGACGAAGGCUUCUUACCCAUCCAUGUUGCAUCAAUGAGAGGCUAUGUAGACAUCGUCAAAGAGUUGCUCCAGGUCUCCUCUGACUCAAUAGAAUUGCUUAGCAAACACGGUGAGAACAUUCUUCAUGUGGCAGCCAAGUAUGGUAAAGAUAAUGUAGUCGAUUUUCUGCUGAAAAAAAAAGGGGUUGAGUACCACACUGCUUUCGACAUUGCUGUAUCAGUGGAGCAUCCAACUUCAUUGCACCAGAGACUAAUUUGGACAGCACUCAAGUCUACUGGUGCACGACGAGCCGGAAAUUCAAAGGUCCCACCAAAACUGCCUAAAUCACCUAAUACGGACCAGUACAAGGACAGAGUAAACACUCUCUUGUUGGUUUCGACCCUUGUUGCCACCGUGACAUUUGCUGCUGGUUUUACCAUGCCAGGAGGCUACAACAGCUCUGAUCCAAGUGCCGGCAUGGCUAUCUUUCUGAUGAGAAAUAUGUUCCAUAUGUUCGUCAUCUGCAAUACCAUUGCUAUGUAUACCUCCAUCCUCGCGGCAAUCAUCUUCAUCUGGGCACAGUUACGUGAUCUCAAUUUGAUGGAUACUGCCUUCAGAUUUGCAUUGCCAUUAUUGGGGCUGGCCCUUUAUGCAAUGUCCUUCGGCUUCAUGGCAGGUGUUUCCUUGGUGGUCAGUAAUCUUCAUUGGCUUGCAAUUGUUGUCUUCAUUAUUGGAAUCAUCUGCCUUUUCAGUCUCUCAGUACCCUUUCUUUUACUCUUCCUCCCAAGUAAGUCUACUAAUCGUAUCCUUAGGUACAUCUCCUAUUAUCCGUUCCUUAUACUGGUAUGGGCAUCUGAAAGCCCCGAAAUCAAACAGGAAGAUUAG